CAGCUUCUCCGCACCGCCAGCCAUUCCCGUGUGUACAUUGUUGUUAGUCAGGGUUUGGGGCCUCGUCGAGAAGUGACGAAUCGAGUCAACUAACAAAUGGAUGUCUCAAGUCAUUGUUAAGUUCUCCAUCACGUGACCCUAUCCGAUCCCCAUAUCCCAAAAAGGUAAAGCGCGAUGGCUGUUAGGGCUCGCUAACACCGAUUCGGGGUCCAGUCGCACCAACCUUGGAAACCACCACAGAACGACUUGUGCUCGAUAUCUCAACUCUCCCCGACAACGACAACGACGACGACCAACGAACGAUAAAUCCCGGAGCGGCGCACCCUUUUCUUUUCUCCCUUCGCGAAAAGAAAAUCAAAUAAAAGAAGACAACAAAAAAAAAAGGAAUCCCAACGCACCUGCUUUCCGGCCGGUGCUGUCUUAGGUUCUCUUUCUUCUUCUUUUCCGUCUUCGAUUUUCACAGAUUUUCGGUGGCCCAUCAUGCCUUCGGAUCACGGACACAGACUAUAUGUCAAGGGUCGGCACCUGAGCUACCAGCGUGGAAAGCGCGCCACCAACCCCAACACAAGUCUCAUCAAACUUGAGGGAGUUGACGACACCAAGGCCGCCAACUUCUACCUCGGAAAGAAAGUUGCGUUCGUCUACCGGGCCAAGCGUGAGGUUCAAGGUUCCAAGAUCAGAGUUAUCUGGGGCAAGGUCACACGGACACACGGCAACUCGGGCGUCGUCCGCGCUCAAUUCAGACACAACCUCCCCCCCAAGUCAUUCGGUGCCAGCGUACGAGUGAUGUUGUACCCAUCGUCCAUCUAAACCCGUUUGAUUGAGACCGGGGUCGGGCAUCAGUCUUUUCUUGUUGGGGUUAUGUUGGGAGAACGGGGUUCGGGUUGUGAGACUUUUCUUUUGGCGUGGGCAAUGCCGGAGGGACGAGAUGUUGUUGAUUAAAAAGGACAAGGGGACGGGGCAACGACGGCGAGGGGUUCCAGUGGUUGUGUUGUGUUGUGGGAUCAGGGGCGGUUUUCUUUUUAAAAUAUAACAAGAGACCCAAAUUUACACAAGAGUGGGGGAGAGGAGCGAAGACAUUAAGGGAACGAAGGGGAAGGAGGAGGGGCCUUGAAGGGGGAGGGGCAUAUAUCGGGGUUCAAGCUUAGCCUCCCCCCCUUUUGCGCUUUUUUUCUUUCCUGUUUCUUUCAUGUAUUUCUCUCCUCUCCCCUUCUUUGAUGUUGUUGUUGUUCUCCCCUGGCAGCAAUGGCAUCAAAAAAAUGCCGAAUAGAAAAACCUAGACGGCGGCUCGCCUAUGAGUUUUUUCUUUUUUCUUUUUUUUCCUUUUUUCUAUAAUUUAAUAAGCUUCUUUCAAAAAAACAAAAAAAUUGUCCAUCCCACCACCCCCCCCGCACCAAAAAUCCGAUUGUCCCUCACCCACGCCCAAAUUGAAAGGUGUUUCAUCCUUUUCCACCAAAGAAUGAAACUUUCUCAAUGACUCUAGCCCUAAAAAUAAGUAUACAAAGUCAUUGGCAAUCACCGCAUAUCAAUAUAUGAAUCCGUAUCCGGGUCCUGGUUUCUUUGCCAUGCUAUGCCAUGCCAUGCCAUGCCAUGCCAUGUGGUGCACUGUGCCUUAUCUUUGACCUUCACCUUGAUAUGACAAGG